AUGUCUAAAGAUUUAAAAGCUUCUCUCAAUAAAAGUUGGGCUGAAGUUGCAGAUGAGAUGAAAAACAAAGUACGGGAGGUUAAUGGAGAGGUGUCAACAAUUAGUAAGACUAUUGAAAAAACAAGUGAUGGUAUUAAAAUUAAUAAGGAUUUGAAAGAGAGAAUGCAUAACAUUAUUAUAUAUCACCUGGAGGAAUGUAAAGACAAUGAUAAGGUUAUUUGCAACAGCCAUGAUAGAAAGCAGAUUUUAGAGAUAUGUUCUCAAUUAUCUGAUGGUUACAUUAAAGAAAGCAGCAUAAAGUUUAUUUUUGGACUGUUGUGUAAGAAGUGA